GCGAUGGUGGUCACGUGCUGGUUUCAACUUCCUGUUUACCACUUGUUCCUUGAGACAGUUCACGGAUUUCAACACUUGAAGUCGUGUGAUUUUGAUCAAGAACAACAAAUACGCAUUUGAAUCCCUGCAGCUACGGAAUUCAUCGUUUUGGAAACGUUCAUAUUUUUUGUCAUCUUUGCGGAGAGGAAAUGAAGAUGUGACAUUGAGGAAACGUGACUAGGCCGGGAGUCCUUGAGAUUUCCUGAGUCAGGCGCCCGGACUAAAUGUUUGGAGCUCGGAGUAUUCCUCUGUCAACAAACGGCUCAACACUAAACAUACGCGUGAUGAGGGCAAGGACUACAAACCAGUCAGCUGGAUGAUUGUCUGCAUUACAUUUUAAAAGCUAACUUUUGGUAAUGUGGUGGAUUAAAGUUUGAACGUGGAUACUUUCUCAAAUUAGCUAACUAGAUAGCUAACGUUAGUCAACAAAUCCACCACAGGCUUAGUUAGCCACGUUAGAUACAGCCAGCUUGCCUGGCCAGUUUUGCCUGGAAGGCUUAACUAGUCUGCUGGCUGGUUAACACGUCCUUGUUUAUAGAGGGUACCAACCCGGCGCUGCCCUGCAUUCGGGGAGAAUACCCGGCUCCGGCCCCUUCAAGCGGGCAGUCAGAAAGAAACUGGCUGGGAAGGGAUGGCCUGGUGGAUCUUCCCGUUCCCAAUGUGCUGCGGUGUUUGAGGGCGGACGAGUUCGGAUAGAACCCACGGUGGGUCGCGGCACGAUGACGGCUGCAUCCCCGUCCGUGUCUGGGAGCCUAACGGCCUCCGGACUAACGUUAUCAGGCAGAAAGAGCGAGGAAAUAGCGGAUUUGAUAGAUUUGUUUUCGAAGACACAGUACAGAGCGAAAGAAGUCUCCGGACGGGUAAGUUAGAGGUCCUCAACAUGCAUAUUUUUGUAUUACCAUGAUUUCUGCAUGUCAUAUAAUAGCCAGAGAUGGUGUACCAUUAGCUCUCGAUUAUGACUCUCCGUUCCAUUGCAUUACACAUAAGUCAUUUGACGAAGGCGUCUUCUGUAGGAGGGAGUUUUGUUAAGAUCCCUGACGCUCGGUCUGAACAUUAACAUGUAUCGCUUGCUGUAACGGUUUUGGAAGCAUAAGGACCUUAUGUUUCAUAUCAGCAAGAAAUACUAAUAAUAACCAAAUAUUACAUUGAUACACACCUUGAUAGGGUUAGGGUCAGUGUUCCCACACAGGCAUACAGUGCCUUAAGAAAGUAUUCAUACCCCUUGACUUAUUCCACAUUUUGUGGUGUUACAGCCUUAAUUCAAAAUGGAUUACAUAUUUUAAAAAAUGUCUCACCCAUCUACACUCAAUACCCCAAAAGGACAAAGUGAAAACAUGUUUUUAGAAAUCUUUACAUGUAUUCCCAUCUCUGAGUCAAUACAUGUUAGAAUCAGCUUUGGUAGCGAUUACAGCUGUCAGUCUUUCUGGGUAAGUCUCUAAGAGCUUUGCACACCUGGAUUGUACAACAUUUGCCCAUUAUUCAAGCUCUGUCAUUGGUUGUUGACCAUUGCUAGACAACCAUUUUCAAGUCUUGCCAUAGGUUUUCAAGCAGAUUUAAGUCUAAACUGUAACUUGGCCACUCAGGAAUAUUCCCUGUCUUCUUGGUAAGCAACUCCAGUGUAUGUUUGGCCUUGUAUUUUAGGAUAUUGUCCUGCUGAAAGAUGAAUUCAUCUCCCAGUGUCUGGUGGAAAGCAGACAGAACCAGGUUUUCCUAUAGGAUUUUACCUGUGCUUAGCUCCAUUCCGUUUAUUUUCCCCAGUCCUUACUGUGCUUAGCUCCAUUCCGUUUCUUUUCCCCAGUCCUUACUGAUUUGAAGCAUACCCAUAACAUGAUGCAGCCACCACUAUGCUUGAAAAUAUGGAGAAUGGUAAUCAGUAAUGUGUUGAAUUGGAUUUGCUCCAAACAUAACACUUUGUAUUCAGGACAAAAAGUUAAUUGCAUUGCCACAUUUUUUGCAGUAUUACUUUAGUGCCUUGUUGCAAACAGGAUCCAUGUUUUGCAAUAUUUUUAAAAAUUCUGUACAGGCUUCCUUCUUUUCACUCUGUCAAUUAGUUUAUUAUUGUGGAGUAACUACAAUGUUGUUGAUCCAUCUUCAGUUUUCUCCUAUCACAGCCAUUAAACUAUGUAACUGUUUUAUAGUCACCAUUGGCCUCAUGGUGAAAUCCCUGAGCAGUUUCCUUCCUCUCCAGCAACUGAGUUAGGAAAGACGUCUGUAUCUUUGUAGUGACUGGGUGUAUUGAUACACCAUCCAAAGUGGAAUUAAUAAUAACUUCACCAUGCUCAAAGGGAUAUUCACUGUCUGCUUUUUAAAAAUGUUUACCCAUCUAUUAAUAGGUGCCCUUCUUUGCGAUGCAUUGGAAAACCGCCCUGGUCUUUGUGGUUGAAUCUGUGUUUGAAAUUCACUGCUCGACUGAGGGAUCUUACAGAUAAUUGUAUGUGUGGGGUACAGAGAUGAGGUAGUCCCUCAAACAACCUGUUAAACACUUAUUACACACAGAGUGAGUCCAUUAGGGCUGUCCCCGACCCCAAAAAAUAUUGAUAGACCGAAAGUUGUCUGUUCUUUCGACCAGUCGAUUGGUCUAAAUUUUAAGUGUAUUUUUCCAUAUAUAGACACACCCUAUAUAUGCAUUGAGCUUGUCUGAUGCGUUAAGUGCACUGUUUGAAGAAAUAGGACACAAAUGACUCAAGAGGGAGCCAGAGAUCAAGAUAACCAGAAGAAAAAAGCCUUAACCUGACCUGACCAUCCUCCUCCCGCUCGUACUGGCUUUCGCAGAUUCUGCCUUUACUCUCCUGAAGCUGCCAGUAAUAGGCUACACGAGGAGCCGGCAACCUUUCUCAUGUGGAAUGCCAAUUUAUCUUAUAAUUUCUACCGAUAUGCGUGCCGGUUAUGGUUUUCAUAUGCACAUUUUUGUGGAACAGUUUCAUUUCAUUUAUAAUAACGUCUUCGUAUCUUUAAAUUAUUGUCAUGUGGUUAAUCAAAAUUCUAUCUAAAUGAAAAUGAUACAAACCUAAAAAGUAACUUCUAUUGCCAUUGUAAAAAUGGCAACUAUUUAAAAAUAUCCUAUAAAGCCUACAAAUAAAAACAUUGCAGCCUGCAGGUAGAAAAUAUCCUGAUUAAAAAUAAAUAUCCUAUAAAUCACAUUGGCUACACAUGGCCUGUUUGCAAUGAACUUGAAACAUUAGAUCAACUAUUCACUUUUGUCUGGCCCAAAGCGCGCAAUAGGAAACUUGCAACAUUGUAUAAAAUAUUCUGGGCCCUCAGUUUCCCAUGCCAGUGAGCUCUGGACAGACAAAACUGUAGGCUAUUUACGCAAAGGAUAAGAAGUAAUCAGGUAGGCUUGUUUUAUGACGUUUCCACUGGAUCAUAGCAUGACAUUUUUCCCUUUCACGCUGAGUGGUUAUCGAAAGGGUGAGAGCUGGAAAUACUUUUCAAAUGCAUUGAGGAACUAUUGUCAUUCUCAAUGGAUGUAAAAACAGACUUCAUUUGCUUUCUGUUUGAGGGGAAGAAAAUGUUACUUUGAGAAGCUCCACAGCUCAUUAGUGGUGGUGCGUUAAGCCAAUCAGAAAUACUAUCAGAUCCCCAAAUUUCAAAUUUGAUUCGGUCUUAUGUAGCAAAAUUUGAAAUUGUGUUUUUUACUUUGGAUAAAAGUGCUACAAAAUCAGUGCUACAAAAUCGUAUAUCAUACACUUCAGUUGAGGAACAAUGGGAAAGUAAUUCUCCUUUGAAAAUUGAUGAACUUGUAUCCCCACUUUUGAGAAAAUGUUCCUUGAAUGUUUUGGUACACCUACUGGAGAGCUCGUUCACACCCUCGUAAGUCUUAGCCCCACCCAUCUCUUUAAAAUAAGGAAAAACUCGAGGUAAAAAUACACUUUAUCUAGUCCUUGGCCUAUAUCCUAAUCUGACUUUGAAAGUGUCCAGAUAAAAAUAUUUUAUAAUUAUUAGAUGCUUACACAGACACUUGUCUAAAUAUAUGGGUCAUGUGAAUGAAAUGCUUUAUGCUAUAACCACCCACCAGCCACAUCUAGCUAAGUGGAUGGGUCACAUGUUCAUGAAAUACAAUAGAUGGCCGUAAUCACCCCUAACUUGAUGGGUCAUGUAAUCAUUCUCUUGCGAAGUGAAGUCUUUUGUUUAGACAUGUAGCUAGCUAGCUAAACAAUGAACCAUAAUCGCAACCCAUAGCUACAGUACAAACGGAUUGUCAUAGCUAGGCACUAUGCAUGAAAUGCUGGAGUAUGAAUCUGCAGGUAGCUAUAGCUAGCUAGCUAACAUUAGGCCAUAACUAGCAAUGCAAAUGGUUUUCUGAGAAACUAAUAGUAUUACUACACAGAUCAUACACGGUUAUGAUAUUGUUCGCUAGCUAGCUAACAGUAUGCUUUAACUUGCAAUGAAAACGACUUUCUGACAAAAUUAGAAACGUAUAAUAUCUGAAAAUGUAGCUAGACUCUUACCUGUAUAAAUGGAUGAAUUCUUCACGGCAGCGUGCCUUUUCAAUUUGGUUUGUAGCUAGCUACAGCUUGUUUGGCCCUUUUGUUGUGUCAAGUCACUCCAGUUCACACUGACCUUGUGCAGAAAAAUAGUCCAUCACAACUUUUUCCCAAUGAUCUUUGUCGAUAAUGCCUGCUAAAUUCUAGGGCAGCAAUGUUGUUGAGAGCAGUAGGAACACUUUUGCAGAUCUCUAUGGCUAACGUUAUACCUUUCAAAAAAGCAGCGGUAGCAAGGAUUAUCUACACAUACUGAGCAGCUCAUGUUAUAGACAGAAGCGUGCUACGUGGCAGACAAAUCCAAAUUCAUCUCUCAGCAUGUCCAGCCCAUCCAUUAUCUCAGCCAAUCAUGGCUAGCGGGAAGCAUCCUGUCUUUUUCCGUGGCUAAACAAACUAGGCUCAUAAAUUAACAAUUUUAUUAAUAUAUACAGAUGGAAUACAAGUUUAAGGCACAUGAAAGUUCACAUGUUCCAGAAGGCAUUUCUGCCAAAAAACGCAUUUGGAUAAAAAUUAAAAUAAAACUUACAUAUGCCUCUCCUGUGAAGUAGUGACUUGUGACAUAUGCCUAGCUUCUUGAAACGGGUCACAUUUAUAUGCCUACGUUUGCGCGCAGGCCAGGUAGCCUGUAGGCCUACUUCUAUGCAUAAUCAGGUGCGCAUCCUUACUCAACAUUGACAGGAGCGCUCCAAACAAAAGACAAUUACUAAAUUGACAAAACUUGUAAAUGGAAUUAAAUACACCAAAACUCGUUUCUCAUAGGUUGUGCGCUCAGCAAACAACGUGUCCACUCCGACAAUGAGAACAGUAAAAGACUGGAAGAAUAAUUGAAUGCAUUAACAGAAAUUAUCGUAACCAAACAAAUAUUGUAUAUUAGAAAUUAUAGGAAUUAACGGUAAAUGUACAACUGGUGAUAUAUGUAAUGGGGAAUUGAUAGACACUAACAAUCAAACACAAACAAUUCACACAAUGAAGUUAUGAAACGAUGAAUGUGCAUAAAUUGGCGGGAGAGAGCGCAUUCUGGAGCGAGACAUGCAUUGUGCAUCUUAGCCACACUCCCCUUCUUCUUGGACUGUGCCAUCCCCCGCGGCCCCCGCAAUGGAUUAGUUUGAUGAGAUGGCGCGAAUAAAACGGGUGUCUCUGCUCAACAACAACAAAAAACUUGGUCGACAAACAGCCUAUCGACCAAAGAAUCGACCAGUCGACUAAUUGGAGUUAGCCCUAGACAAGUUAUUAUGUGACUUGUUAAGUACAUUUUUACUCCUGAACUGAUUUGGGCUUGACAUAACAAAGGGGUUGAAUACUUAUUGACUCGAGAUAUUUAAGCUUUUCAUUUAUAAUUAAUAAGAAAAUUAUUGCGGUAUUGGGUGUAGGCCAGUAACCAAAAAUUUCAAUUUAAUCCAUUUUAAAUUCCAUCUGUAACACAACGAAAUGUGUAAAAAACCAAGGGGUGUGAAUACUUUCUGAAGGCAUUGUGUGUCCAUGUUACAGCGCUUGUUUACGGAAUAGCAUUCCAUGAGAUAAGCUAGACCUAUACAUUGUUGGUUUACAAAGUCUCCUUUGGCAACAUAGACAUAGGCUAUACAAUGAAGUAAUGGGUAUGGGGUAAUGAUAGGACAGUAAGCUUAUCGGUUCAUAUUCUUAAAGAAAUGUGGUAUAUUUCAUAAGUCAUUAGUUGAAAUGACCAAACGAGCAGUGGGAAAUCUAAAAAAUUGCCCUUUUUUUAAUGUAUGCAGUUUCUUAUUAAUGUCACUGCAAUCUUGACAGACACCAUGGGGGAUGGAAAUCAAAUGUUGGACAUGGCACAAAAAACAUACAUAGACUUUUCCUUGGUUGUGUCCACAUGAUUUAGAUACACGUCCUGUUUUUCCAUAUUUGUCGGGGGUAAAUGUGACUAACAGACUAACAAUAACCACUUUGGUAUAUUUGUGCCUUACAGGUCGAGACGAUAGAGAAGCGUUGCUUGGAACUCUUCGGCCGAGACUACAAGUACAGCGUCAUCCACAACACCAACGGGGAGGUGUGUGGCCACUACCCACAGCAUAUAGUCUUCCUGGAAUGUGAAAGCACUGAGCUCCGUAAAGACAGGUACCUAGCCUACUACCUACGUUACCUUAACAAGGUCAUCACUGAGGCUGUGUCAGAAAAUACUAGGCCUGCUAGACGUCCAAUCCUUGCUUCUUCCGUACUUGUUUCUUCAACUCCUCUCAAAGCUCAUUGGAGGAGGAGGUCGAAGGGAGGGACCAUGGAUCCUUUUUGAAAACAAUGGAGGAAGCAAGCACUUAGUAACUAAUUACAUUGUUGUUUAUUUGUGCCUACUGUAGUCCACGGCACAUAUUCACACAGAGUCUCAGAGUAAGAGUGCUGAUCUAAGCCCCUAGGAUCAGGUCCCCCUGUCCAUAUAGCCCAAUCAAUUCAUGAUGAUCUAAAAAGCAAAGCUGAUCCUAGAUCAGUCCUUCUACUCUGAGAUGCUUUGUGAAUAUGGGCCCUGACCUGUUAUUGGACAAAAAAAACGAAAUGGGUUUAAUGUAGUCCAGUCCACAUCUUCUUGAGUCAUGACACAGAGGGGGUUUAAAGUUAUAUGCCCAUUUUCAUGUCUGAGGUCGCAUAUAUUGUGUGAAUCAGCAGCAAACAUUUAUGGGGAUGUUCUAUUUUGGAACGUGUUUGGAAAUAGAAUAUGUACUUUUGACCUAUGACCAGAGCAGCGCAACACUAAUAAGAUCCACACAGUGAAGAAGAUGUCUCAACGUUCCAAAAUGUGCUCGUCAGGCUAGAUAACAUGUUUAUGGGGAGAAUGCCCUCCCUUCAGGCAUUAUGUUUCCGGAUGUGUGUCUGUGCCCUGCUCCGUAGUUGCCCUCUACGCAAAUUCACAAUUUGGGGAAAACACACUCAAUCAUUCAUAAAAACACCCGUAACGUUUUUGCCCAACCGGGAUAGUUGAGUGGCUUCACUGCAAGUGGAUUGUGUUUUUAAAAUGUAAAGAAAUAAUAGGAAUUGGAUGCCGUUUAGGAAUCUAUAUCUUGAGUUGUAACAUCCUUGUCCUCCAUUCACCCACCCCUAAACUGCUCCAGGGGCACUGCCUGCACUGUUUACUGUUCUAAUUAUGAUGAUAACGAGUUCAUAGUAGCAAUAAGGCACCUCUGGGUUUGUGGUAUACGGCCAAUAUACCACAGCUAAGGGCUGUAUCCGUUGCUAUAUUGAGGAGCAUGAUCCAUAUAUUGCUUUGUUAUAAUAGAGCCAUGAAGAUAAAUUGCUGAUCUAUAUAUGAUGAUCCAUAUAUUGCUGGUGUGUCCCCAGGUUUGAGAGCACAGUCCAGAUCACCAAGCUGCAGGACCUGGUGAACCGCAGUAAGAUGGCCCGCUGCCGAGGGAGGUUCGUCUGCCCAGUCAUCCUCUACAACGGCAAAGUACAAUUUUGAUAUAUUUAUUUAUAUGUUUAUAUAUUUUUCAAGAAAUCUCGGCCCGGUUUGAAUACUUUUUCAAAUGCACCCCUUUUCCCUCCAUUUCUUGAUGUAAUCACUGAUCUGAUAAGACAGAAUUAGUGAAAUCAAUGCAGUGGAAUGCUUUCCAACACUAGCCUAAUCCUGUCAUGUCAGAUCAGUGAUUACUUCAAGGAAGGAAGGAUGCAUUUUAAGAGUAUUUGAAAAGGACCCUCAAGUCAGCUCUAGCCGGCUAGGCACAUUCCACAUUCCUUUCUGAGAUCGCUUCCAUUUUUAAAACUGUAAUUUGUAGUUAAUAGCUUUUUACUGCAAUACUUUCAGGCAGUAAUUUAGAUAGAGUUUAAAUACUGUCUUUACUUCACUUAUUUUAACAGCUAGGCCUGUUACUGCUUUGUUAUUACGACCGAGUUUGCCCUUUGUAAUUAAGGAGGGGAAAAAGCUUCUUGAAACUUUGCCUUUCUAGUUUGGAACUGUUUUAGCCUGGGCUGCUGUGUGGUCCCUUUCUGUUUGUCAUCUGUUCAUAACGUUUAAAUAUGGCCUCUCUCUUUGAAUACCUGUCGGGCAUUGUUUUAAAUAUUUCCUGCCUUUUGAGCAAGGAAGUGAACAUGUCAAAAACAAUAAUAAGAGAGACUUGAUUGACUGGUUUGUCGACUAUUGAGAUGAGGAGUAUGUGUGUGUGUCUAAUACUUAUCCUGUGUUGUCUUCCAUUGCAGCAUAUUUGUCGGUCGUCCACUCUGGCAGGCUGGGGGGAGCUAUACGGACGCACCGGCUACAACUACAUCUUCUCCGGUGAGACUGACAAAAAAAGUAAUUUUUUAGCAAGGGAAUCUAGUUCAGGGCCAUAUUCACAAAGCGCCUCAGAGUAGGUCUAGGAUCCGUUUUCCCCUUUUGAUUAUAUUUAAUAAGAUUACAUGGACACGGGAACCUGAUCCUAGAUCAGCACUCUUCGGGGGGAUUUGGGGAGGGCGGAUGGAUGGGGAGGUUUUGGGAUGGACUGUGGGGGGUCUUGGAUAGUUUAGCGGCUUCACUGCAAGUGGAUUGUGUUUUUAAAAUGCGAUUAAAAAUAGGGAAUAGGGGGCCUCCCGAGUGGCGCAGCGGUCUAAGGCACUGCAUCGCAGUGCUAGAGGCGUCACUACAGACCCGGGUUCGAUCCCACACCCAUGAGGUGGCGCACAAUUGGCCCAACGUCGUCCGGGUUAGGGGAGGGUUUGGCCGGCCGGGAUGUCCUUGUCCCAUCGCGCUCUAGCGACUCCUGUGGUGGGCCGGGCGCAUGCACGCUGACACGGUCACCAGUUGUACGGUGUUUCCUCUGACACAUUGGCGCGGCUGGCUUACGGGUUAAGCGAGCAGUGUGUCAAGAAGCAGUGCGGCUUGGCAGGGUGGUGUUUCGGAGGACGCGUGGCUUUCGACCUUCACCUCUCCCGAGUCUGUACGGGAGUUGCAGCGACGAGACGACUGAAACUACCAAUUAGAUAUCACGAAAUUGGGGAGAGAAAGGGGUGAAAGUACAGAAAUAUAUCCAUUUGGGGAAUAGGAUGUCAUUUAGGACUCAGUCUACAUCCUGAGUUGUAACAUCGUCGUCCUCCUCCCCUGCUCCAGGGGGCGCUGCCUGCACUGCGGUUGACCCUGUACUGCUGGCUUCCAGCCUCUCUUAUAUUGCUUUCACAUAGGAUUUAUGUUAUUUUGCCUGUUAAAAAAAUUGGGCAAUGUUUAUAUGAUUCCAUUUUUACCACAUUCUUGCCUGCAUAUGCCUUUUAUACCUCCCGUGCGCAUGCCGGCAUGCCGGUGACGAGUGGUAGAUGUGGAUGGGCAUCUAUUUGAAUAAAUCCUUUGAAUAUACACCAAAAUUAAAUCCAUUAUUCAUUCGUUCAGGCCGGUCCUAAGAAACAUUAUGACUGAUAAAAGAAUAGAAUAGCAUAUUUUGAGUUGAAUUACAUCCUAAUUCAUUAUUUCAUUAAACAGACAAAACAUACCUGUCCCAAUCACAGUCAACACAUAUAUACAGUAUAUUAUAGUAAGAAUAUAACAGAAUAAAAUACUAAUAAUAUUUUUCCCACACAACUGGUGUCACAUGAACGUGUGGAGCCGCUGUCAUAUAAAAAAAGUGAUAUUUUUAAACAGAGCCAAAGCCCGUGUUUAAAAAAAAUCCAAGUUUCAUCUCUUUCCUACCUUCACUCCACUUUGUUAGGGAGCAGGCGUAGGGUGUUAAAUUGGGAGUCUCGUGUUCAGAUUUCACAACCUCCGCGGGCUUUUGGAGUUGCCUAUACCCAAUCGAGCAAAACAACAGGCCUACACUUGAUUUAGGCUACAUUAUUGCAUGCUAAAUGUUUCUGAUCUGUGAUAGAUGAGCCAUACCACCUCCACUUAUUUGCCCAGCCAGAAACCAAUUAACCAAAUAGCCUAUACAGAUGGAGAGUCAGUGAAACAAAAUCACAUUGAUUGAGACAAAUCAGUGAAGCCACAGGCUUUUGGUCGAAGUAAGCCUGGGCUAGGCUACUAAGCAACUGCAAGUGAAGAGCAAAAUAAUCCACUCGUUAAACUACAUAUAACAUGCUGGUUGUAAUAAAGGUUGUAAUAAAUGAGUCAGCUAGACAAAAUGAUCAUUAGCAGCACUCACCUCAUCUUAGCUAACAUUUCCCCAGCGUAAUUGUAGCCUAUCCAAUAUCCAAACGGAGAUUCAGUGAAAACAAAUUGAUCAAGAUGAGUCCCCACGUGUGUCUCAAAGCAACACGAUGGCUCUGUCCCAAUCAAAAUGAUACUCACAUUAUCGUCUAGUUGACCACAUUUGCCAUCAGUGCAUGCUUAGUGGUGGGCUAUCCGAAGAGAUGGGCGAAGUGAUAUGCCUCGCAAAGUUUAGCCAGGAGGACGGUUAACGGGCGGGCGCUGCCUAGCAACGAUCAAGAGUUUAAGAGCGUAAUGCCUGCGAAUUGAUCUGUCACACCUCUCUCUAUACACCUGAACUCUAUUCCACGAUCAAACAUCGCUGCUAUAUUUCCACUUGCAAUGGCUGUCGUCGAUUCCCUAAGACAGUUUUUAUGCAUUUGGCUUAGUUUGGUAUUUGAUAGUCAUAUUGUGUUUUGUCAGUAGUGCAGUAGGGCCCCAUUUUCAUUCUGAAAUAGGUCUAAAACACCUUACAAACACUCCAAUUCAACUCAUAUAAGAAAAGUAUCACUUUCUGAAGUGUGUCCUCAUUGAUGCAUCUCUCGUUCUCUCAUUCCCUCUCCCUCCCUUUCUUUCUCUCAUUCGCUUUCUCUCUCUCCCUCUAGGGGGUACUGAUGACACGUGGGGGGCAGAGUCCGAGCCAGAGGUUCCAGAGGACGACAGUGCGAGGUUGGUGUCUUUUCACAUGAGAUGAUAUGAUCCCAUGACGUGUGUGUGUGUGUGCGUUUGUUUUCCUUGCCUGAUUGAAUGCUCAAAAUGCCCCAUACAUCUUUGUGGUUAUUUGAUGAUGUCUUAAACCUUCUUUGCACUCUUUCUCUUUCUCUCCAUCCCAUCUGUCUCUCGUCUCUACAGGAACGGGGACUCUCAGCUCUUUGACAAAGUGCGGGGUCUGGACAUCAAGCUGCUGCGCUACCUCUCUGUACGCUACAUCUGUGACCUCAUGGUGGAGAACAAGAAGGUCAAGUUUGGCCUUAAGUAAGUCUCAGCUCACAGCCAGGACUCUUCGUUUAUUCACCUCCCAUACACACACACACAGAGGGGUCUGUUCUGGGUCAUUGGCUCCUGUUCAUGUUGGCCUUUUGGUAACUUUAUGUUAUGUAAUAGAAAGUGUACACUUGUUUGGACGUUGACCUUUGCAUGUGUGGAGGUGUCUUUAUUUAUGUAAUGUUAAUGUGUGUGAGUGCAUGGCAUGUGUGUCUGUGUGUUCACAUACUUGCUAUGGUUCGCCGGGUGUGCAGCUGUGUGUACAUGCGUCACUGACCGUUAAGUCAGGAAUCAUGUCACGUGUACACACCGGGGGGAAAGAAUGUACAGUACGGGUUUCGUCACUCACUGAAUAUUUCUCUUUCUCUUCUCCCCUCUUCUGUUCUAUUUGGUCUUCCCCUCUCUUCUCGUCUGUCCAGUGUCACCUCGUCUGAGAAGGUGGAUAAGGCCCAACGCUAUGCAGACUUCACCCUGCUCUCUGUGCCUUACCCAGGUAAAGACAACUCUUUCAACCCCAACCUACGUUUAUAUUCCAGUUCUUUGUUAAAAUAUUCUCUUUUUUAUUAGGAAAACAGGUUUCAACAGUCUUGAUAAAUACAUCUAGUGUUACAUAGAUGACAGUAACUAUGCCUUACAAUGCAUUUCUUCAUCUUAUUAAUAUACAUUCUUCCCCAGAGAGAUGGCUACAGACCUGGGAUCAAAUACUAUUUGCAAUAAUUUGAAAUACUUAAGCUGGGGUUGAUUGAGUUUGACUGCUGCUAUGGGUGAUGCAAACCCCCAGAUGGGUGGUGCAAACUCCACCGAUCUGGCACACCAGGCAGGCUAAAAUACUACAAGUAUUUGAAAGAUUUCAAACAGUAUUUGAACCCAGGACUGGAUAGCUAGAGGACCUGUACUUUUCUCAAUGCAUACAGUUAUAUCGUGACACAUGACCCCUCUCUCUGUGCUUCUAGGGUGUGAGUUCUUUAAGGACUACAAAGACAGAGACUAUACCGCUGAGGGACUAGUAUUCAACUGGAAUCAGGUAUGCCAAUUCAUGUCUCCUACAUAGAAAUAUAAUUAAUAGAAGGCAUAAAAGCCACUAAAAAAUUAGGCAAUUUAACUGCACCCUCACACCCAUUCUAGUCAUUCUAUUCCUAUGGUCUUCUGAUCUCAGGUUGAGAUGUAUCAUCUGCUCAUCAGGGUUCAAUUAUUGGGCCGACUCUUUUCUCCGUGUAUAUCAAUGAUGUCGCUCUUGCUGCUGGUGACUCUCAGAUCCACCUCUACGCAGACGACACCAUUUUGUAUACAUCUGGCCCUUCAUUGGACACUGUGUUAACAAACCUCCAAACAAGCUUCAAUGCCAUACAACACUCCUUCAGUAGCCUCCAACUGCUCUUAAACACUAGUAAAACUAAAUGCAUGCUCUUCAAUCGAACGCUGCUGGCACCCGCCCACCCGACUAGAAUCACUACUCUCGACGGGUUUGACCUAGAGUAUGUGGACAACUACAAAUACCUAGGUGUCUGGUUAGACUGUAAACUCUCCUUCCAGACUCACAUUAAGAAUCUCCAAUCCAAAGUUAAAUCUAGAAUCGGCUUCCUAUUUCGCAACAAAGCCUCCUUCACUCAUGCUGCCAAACAUGCCCUCGUAAAACUGACUAUCCUACCGAUCCUUGACUUCGGCGAUGUCAUUUACAAAAUAGCCUCCAACACUCUACUCAGCAAAUUGGAUGUAGUCUAUCACAGUGCCGUCCGUUUUGUCUCCAAAGCCCCAUAUACUACCCACCACUGUGACCUGUACGCUCUUGUUGGCUGGUCCUCACUACAUAUUCGUCGCCAAUCCCACUGGCUCCAGGCCAUCUAUAAAUCACUGCUAGGCAAAUCCCUGCCUUAUCUUAGUUCAUUGGUCACCAUAGCAACACCCACCCAUAGUAUGCGCUCCAGCAGGUAUAUCUCACUGGUCAUCCCCAAAGCCAACACCUCCUUUGGCCGUCAUUCCUUCCAGUUCUCUGUUGCCAAUGACUGGAACGAAUUGCAAAAAUCUCUGAAGCUGGAGACUCUUAUCUCCCUCACUAACUUUAAGCAUCAGUUGUCAGAGCACCUUACCGAUCACUGCACCUGUACACAGCCCAUCUGAAAUUAGCCCACCCAACUACCUCAUCCCCAUAUUGUUAUUUAUUUUGCUAAUUUGCACCCCAGUAUCUCUAUUUGCACAUCAUCUCUUGCACAUCUAUCACUCCAGUGUUAAUACUAAUUGUAAUUAUUUUGCACUAUAGCCUAUUUAUUGCCUUACCUCCAUAACUUGCUACAUUUGCACACACUGUAUAUAUAUUUUUUGUUGUAUUUUUGACUUUAUGUUUUGUUUUACCCCAUAUGUAACUCGGUGUUGUUGUUUUUAUCGCACUGCUUUGCUUUAUCUUGGCCAGGUCGCAGUUGUAAAUGAGAACUUGUUCUCAACUGGCUUACCUGGUUAAAUAAAGUUGAAAAAAAAAAAAAAAUAGUCCAGGUGAAUGAUUCUCAGAUUUCUAAACAUACCAUUUUUAUUGUUGACAGGAUUUUGUGGAUGCGCCUUUGACAAUCCCUGCGUGCUUUACCAAGAACUUGAAUAUAGACUGGAGUGAAUAUCAGGUUUGUCUUUUUUCUUCUUCUGAGUAUUUCCUCAGUUUUGUUGAACAGAUAGGGAGAAAAGGACAGAUAGGAGAAUGUAUCACAGGGCACUAGGCUGGAUUCGAACUUAUGCCAACACGUGUUAAUGUGUGUCGGAGGCAGUGGCCCUAACCGCUAGACCACCCAGGCCACUAUAUCAGGUAUGUCUUACUUUCCAAUUUAGACAUCUACUGUAUACAAUAUGGGCGGCAGGUAGCUUAGUGGUUAAGAGCGUUGUGCCAGUAACCGAAAGGUCGCUGGUUCUAAUCCCCGAGCCGACUAGGUGAAAAAUCUGUCGAUGUGCCCUUGAGCAAGGCACUUAACCCUAAUUGCUCCUGUAAGUCGCUCUGGAUAAGAGCGUCUGCUAAAUGAUUAAAAUGUAAAAUGUACUACUUCAGUGAAACGUGAUUCAGAUUAUUCCACGGUAUUACUGGUGUCACAGUGACCUCUGUAGGUUCGACGUGGAACUGCAUGGUUGCCGACCAUUCAUUUCUCAUGUAGUCUCGACGUUCUCUAAGACAGGUGUUGUCAAACCUCUCCUCAGGGACCCCCAGCCAUUUCAUGUAUAUGAACUAUUCCAGAGGUAGCACGCCUGAUUCAGCUUGUCAACUAAUUAUCACGCCCUUGAUUAGGUAACUCAAGUGAGCUAGUUCAGGGCUACAACAAAAUUGUGACUAGUUUGGGGGUCCCUGAGGAGAGGUUAGAAAACCACGCUGUAAGACAUAGUUUGUGUUUUCAUGCAUAUUUUAGGUUAUAAGAGAUGUAGUCACCAUACCAGGGCCACGUUCACUAGGCAAACGUUGCAGAUAGAAAUGUCACGAAUAGAGCUUACGUGAUUCAUUAUUCCAUAUGACAGAGAGGCAUGUUUGUUCUAUAUAAUACAUAUUUCUAUCUGAACGUUAGUGCACUGCUGAAUGCGCUCCCCGGUGAAAACGUGUUGAAAGUCCUCGUGUUCUUCUCUGUCCUUUUGUUUCAGUCUUGGGACCUGGUCCAUCAGACCCAGAACUACCUGAAGCUAUUGCUUCACAUCAUCAACAACGACGGUCAGUAUGUGUGUUGGUUAAAGCUCCUUGGGGGCUGUAACCAAUUUCUCCUUUCUGUCAGGGAGGAAAAUGAACAUAGAAAAAGAGUGGUUAAGUCAUAUCUCAUAUGGUCGUCUAGUGAGGGUCCCUGUGAUGCUUAUGUAGCCAUUGUGUUGUUUAAAUCCUCAUCACUAACUAGUCUCUAUAAAAACCUGGUUCAAUCCUUUGUUUCUCAAGUGUUGGUGAUUUGGUUGUCUGAUUUAAUCAGGCUGUAAUACACAAUUAAUUGCUAUAUACAGCCUUUGAAAUUACUCUACUGGUUGUCUGUGCGGUUUGUCUUUCAGCCGCUCGAAAUUUGAGACAAAAUAUCCACAGGAAAGUAUUGUUUACCUGACUUUUAAGAGAGACAGUAGGUAUAUGGUUCUGUCGGCUUGUAUUUCCGGCGUGUAUUUUCAAUCUACUGAAGCACAAUAUGUAAACCAUAGCCGAGCCGCCCAAGCGUAACCGAACCACAGAACCAACGUUGCCUCGCAAUCAGCUUGCUGUGGCAAGCCUAAUGUCUCAGUAAAAAGUCAGGUAAACAAUCAUUUCCUGUGGAUAUUUUGUCUCAAAUUUCAAGCGGCUGAAAGACAAACCGCACAGACAACCAGUAGAGUAAUUUCAAAUGUCAUUUUAUUCAACAUUCUAGCUUGUAAAGAACAUUUACCUGAUUUUGCACUCCCAAUGUUUCAGGCUGUAUAUACCAAUUAAUUAUGUAUGACAGCCUGAUUAAUCAGUGAUUUGGUUGUAAUUCGAUUUGCCCCUGUAGAUGAGAGCGGUCUCCUGGUGCACUGCAUAUCCGGUUGGGACCGGACGCCUCUUUUCGUGUCCCUCCUGCGGCUCUCGCUGUGGGCAGUAAGUGUUCUCUCUCUCUCUCAUCUCUCACUUUCAUUCCUAUCCCCCUGUUUUAUCUCUCUCGGUCUCUCUCUCUCUCUUUACACACACUCCUCCGCCACCCAUGUAUCAGUUUAGUAAUUACAUUCCAAAGGCACUUCUUCUAAAUUAAUUUUUCAGUAAUCCCACAAUGAAUUAAUCUGCUUUCACCCCCGAUGCCCCUCCCAUUUAUCUCUUAACACGCAAAUCGAAUUAAGAUUAAAGACACACCACCUAACACUAGAAAAGCCAGUUGAAAUGGAGCUCAUCACUUCAAUUUUAAGUUAUUUGGCAAUGGUAAGGGUUUUAGAAACCUCCGAAUCUGCUCUUUCUGAUGUAGGAGGAUUUGAAAAAGUCCCUCUACCGAUUGUCUGUGUGGUUUGUCCUUCAGCCGCUUGACAUUUUUGACAAAAUAUCCACAGGAAAGUAUUGUUUGCCUGACUUUUUAGAGAGCUGGUAGGUAUAUGGUUCUGUGGGCUUGUAUUUCCUGUGUGUAUUUUCAAUCUACUGACGCACACGACGUAAACUUUUGCUUAAUAUGUAAACAAUAGCUGCCCGAGCGUAACUGAACCACAAAACAAAUGUUCCCUCACAAUCAGCAGGCAGUGGCAAAUUGACAGAAAUCAAAACGUCUUACCUGCAUGUGACUGUAGGAGGAUUUGUGAAAAGUCCCUUGUUGGCACUCCGGGAUAAAAAUGACAUGCCCUCUUAAAAAUGACAUGCCCUCUUAAAAUGACAUGCCCUCUUAAAAAUGACAUGUCCUCUUAAAAUGACAUGCCCUCUUAAAAAUGACAUGUCCUCUUAAAAUUAGGGUUACGUGCUUUGCUCAAGGGCACAUAGACAGAUUUUUCACCUUGUUGGCUUGGGUAUUCGAACCAGCGACCCUUCGGUUACUGGCCCAGCUCUCUAACCGCUAGGCUACCUGCUGCCCUCAAAUACUUUGAGCGUUUGCUUUUGCUUGCCCAAUGUGUCAGGUGGGCGGGUUUUUCAGUUAUGGGAUUGUUCCAUUGUUUCCCUUAAAAUGCAAGCUCAAUUGAGCCCAGCUUAAGUAUUUGAAAUCAUUUCAAAUAGUAUUUCAACUCAGUAUUUUUUUGCCUGUACUCACAGCUUGACAAAUUUCACUGCACAUAUAUCAAGCAUGGGAUACGUUUCAAACAGAAUAACAAAUGUAACAUUGGCAGAGGAUAGAGGCUAGCUCGUAUGUGAGUUCUCGGAAUCCAGUGCCAAUACCAGUGCCUAUGCUGCCAUGUGUCGCCUUUCGGGGCUAAUUUGCGUGGAGUUUUUUAAUGACAUGUUGAAAUUCUUUCAUGUAUUUUUUAAUAGGAUGGUGCCGUCCAUGCCAGCCUGGAGCCGGCUGAAAUCCUCUAUCUGACAAUCGCCUACGACUGGUUCCUAUUUGGGUAAGGAUUCACACUCCACUCACAUCACCCCCAUUACUCCCCAGUAAUACUGAGGGGUGCGUUCACAACAGCAAUCGAGGACUGUCUGGGAGUGGUCUGAGUGGGGAGGGGAAAACUGAAACGUGUCCAGACCCAGAUGUGUUUGAGAUGCAUAAUUGAGGAAAGAGCCUUGUAGGAAGGAAGACUGAGGAGAGGGGAGAGCGGGCCAAGUGAAGUACCCUGGCUCUUUCUCAAUUCAUCUUUCCUCGAUUGCUCGCCUUCUCUCGCCUUCUCUCUCCUCGCACCUUCUCAAAACACAAUAUACAGUAGUUGAGAAGGAGGUGAGGAAAUGUGAUACAAGGAAUUGACGAAUUGAGAUGGAGCCCUCGAGUCUCUCUCUCUCUCUCUCUCUCUCUCUCUCUCUCUCUCUCUCUCUCUCUCUCUCUCUCUCUCUCUCUCUCUCUCUCUCUCUCUCUCUCUCUCUCUCUCUCUCUCUCUCUCUCUCUCUCUCUCUCUCUCUCUCUCGAGGCUUUCCACUGUGCAUCGCUCCAAGGUUUAACUCAUCAAACAGAGUAAAAAAUAAAGAACCCACCCCCACCCUGCAGAUAGCCCAAUAGAGUAAUUAUUCCCGGCCAAACUUCUGUGGCUACGGCCAGGGAAGAGGGAUGAACUGGGAGUCACACACACACCGAACCUCUGCCUUUUAAUAAUAUCCGUAAUAAUUGGGCAUUUUUACCAGCUAUCAGUAUUAUGAUGCGGCGGUAUGCAUUGAUUUGUGUAAUCUUUCAGUAUGGCUUAAACUCCCAUUGAGAGUUUGUUCAUUUGUUGUUUCACCUUUAAAUGUAAAAGCAAACCUAAUGGUCCAUUCAGGUUCUAAGCUGGAGGUAAGAGAUAAAAUGAGUGACGAUGGGUCAGUUGGUUAUUGGUAUAUUUUUAUUUUGUAAACUACAAGGUCUAAAAUUUCCCCUAUUUGUGCUUUGCGGUCUUCUUGACUUUUGAUCUUGAGUCGUGAGAUUUAUACUGUUUGAUUGAACAAGUAUAUAAAUUGGAAAGUAAGACUUGCACACCUACAUUGUAACCAUUGUACCAGGUAACACCAGGUGCAUGGAGAGAACUGUAUGCUGAAUAGAAAGGAACAAACAUUGAGAAAGUAUUAAAGGCCCAGUGCAGUCAAAGAUGUGAUUGUCCUGUGUUUGAUAUAUAUUUCCACACUAUGAGGUUGGAAGACUGUACAAUUGUGAAAAUUAUGAUAAUGCCCUUUUUAGUUUAAGAGCUGUGUGAAAAGACCGCCUGAAAUUUCAGCCUGUUUUGGUGGGGUGGAGUUUUGGCCUGCAUGAUGACAUCACCAGGCGGUAAAUUAGUUAAUAGACCAAGAAGAAAGAGUUCCAAACCUCUCUGCCAAUAACAGCUAAUUUUCAGUUUUCCCCUCCCUACUCAGACCACUCCCAGACAGUCCUAGCUAAAUUCUUACUUGAGAAAUUGCUAUUAGCUAAGAAGCUAUUUUAUUUUCUUAUAUAUAUAUUUUUUUAAAUUGAAAACCGUCAAAGUAAGGUACUUAAUUGAUACCCAGAAAUGUUUUGUUAUUGAGAUAAAAACGGCUGCGUUGGACAUUUAAAUAGGUUGGUUGGUGUUGGAGGCUAAUAAUCAUAUGUAAUAAAGUGUUCUUUGAUUUGUUUAAUGGAUUCGGUGAUCAUACUCGUUGAUCUGGUUUGUGUGUCUCUUCUACAGUCAUAUGCUGCCUGAUCGCCUCACCAAAGGAGAGGAGGUCAGUGGUACUCUAACACAAUACCAACGCCAUGACUUCUGUGUGUGUGUGGAAUAUUCAAACAUUGAUUAUUACUUUUCAUUUUAGUUAAUAUGGUUAUUGCCCUCAAGAAAGUUCUAGCACUGUUGCCAUCUUGAAUUCGUUUUAGGAAUUUACUACACCUAUGUAGAUAUAAUGGCUCUUAAAGAUAAGAGAAACAUGUUGUCUGAUUUAUUUCUGAAACUGAUAUCCAAUUCUCAACUAAAGUGAGUUGUUUGGGGUAUUUUUGAAAACUAGGGGCCAGCAUUUUGUCAUGUAUUUAAUUUCCAUAUAUUUUUUUUUACACCUCUAAGACUAAACUUCAUCUUUUAUUCCUCCCGGCAGAUUUUCUUUUUUUGCUUCAAUUUUUUGAAGCACAUUGUCUCAGAGAAGUUCUCUGCCAUGAAGAAACAGAGGUGAGUGAAAUGUCAUGAAACAACGGAGAUGAUUUGAAAUGUAAAAGCACUUUUAUAAAACAUUGUGCGCCCCCAAAAUGGCACCCUAUUCCCAAUAUAGUGCACUACUUUUGACCAGAGCCCUAUAGGCCGUGGUCAAAAGCAGUGGACUAUAUAGGAAAUAGGGUGCCAUUUGGGCCUUACACUCACCGUGCUAUGCCCUUAAGCCACUCUUUUUUAAAAAAUGUUUCAACUGUAGAGUUAUAAGCGUACAGCCGCUCAGGGCAAUAACACUGUUCUUUCAUGGUCGAAAACCGACUGUGACCAAACAGUGUUUUUUUUCCCAAUUUCUGUAUUAUUUGAUCUCUCUUUCUUUUUGAGCAGUGUGUCGGUCUCUCUCUUCUUCCUGUCUUUCUGUGUAUUAUUACAUCAUCCCUUUCGCUUCCACAGGAGGAAAAACUCUCAUUUCAAAGACACUGAUUUCACAGUGGAUGACCUCUGCCAGUUGAGUAAGUUGCUCCCUGGAGACAUUCGCUACACUUAACCUUAUAAUAUUUGAUAUGACAUCACAGUACCUACAUGUACAUGAAAGCCUAUGGGAAGUAUAUUUUGCUCAUUAAACAAACCUACACGUGAUCGACUAAUUAGUAUAGCUACUAAUGAGGACGUAUGGCACAGUAAGGAUAGCUUUACAUAGUUCAUUAUUAAGUAUACAGUGGGGAAAAAAAGUAUUUAGUCAGCCACCAAUUGUGCAAGUUCUCCCACUUAAAAAGAUGAGAGAGGCCUGUAAUUUUCAUCAUAGGUACACGUCAACUAUGACAGACAAAAUGAGGAAAAAAAAUCCAGAAAAUCACAUUGUAGGAUUUUUUAUGAAAUUAUGGUGGAAAAUAAGUAUUUGGUCAAUAACAAAAGUUUCUCAAUACUUUGUUAUAUACCCUUUGUUGGCAAUGACACAGGUCAAACGUUUUCUGUAAGUCUUCACAAGGUUUUCACACACUGUUGCUGGUAUUUUGGCCCAUUCCUCCAUGCAGAUCUCCUCUAGAGCAGUGAUGUUUUGGGGCUGUCGCUGGGCAACACGGACUUUCAACUCCCUCCAAAGAUUUUCUAUGGGGUUGAGAUCUGGAGACUGGCUAGGCCACUCCAGGACCUUGAAAUGCUUCUUACGAAGCCACUCCUUCGUUGCCCGGGCGGUGUGUUUGGGAUCAUUGUCAUGCUGAAAGACCCAGCCACGUUUCAUCUUCAAUGCCCUUGCUGAUGGAAGGAGGUUUUCACUCAAAAUCACAUGAUACAUGGCCCCAUUCAUUCUUUCCUUUACACGGAUCAGUCGUCCUGGUCCCUUUGCAGAAAAACAGCCCCAAAGCUUGAUGUUUCCACCCCCAUGCUUCACAGUAGGUAUGGUGUUCUUUGGAUGCAACUCAUCAUUCUUUGUCCUCCAAACACGACAAGUUCUAUUUUGGUUUCAUCUGACCAUAUGACAUAUGACAUUCUCCCAAUCCUCUUCUGGAUCAUCCAAAUGCACUCUAGCAAACUUCAGACGGGCCUGGACAUGUACUGGCUUAAGCAGGGGGACACGUCUGCACUGCAGGAUUUGAGUCCCUGGAGGCGUAGUGUGUUACUGAUGGUAGGCUUUGUUACUUUGGUCCCAGCUCUCUGCAGGUCAUUCACUAGGUCCCCCCGUGUGGUUCUGGGAUUUUUGCUCACCGUUCUUGUGAUCAUUUUGACCCCACGGGGUGAGAUCUUGCGUGGAGCCCCAGAUCGAGGGAGAUUAUCAGUGGUCUUGUAUGUCUUCCAUUUCCUAAUAAUUGCUCCCACAGUUGAUUUCUUCAAACCAAGCUGCUUACCUAUUGCAGAUUCAGUCUUCCCAGCCUGGUGCAGGUCUACAAUUUUGUUUCUGGUGUCCUUUGACAGCUCUUUGGUCUUGGCCAUAGUGGAGUUUGGAGUGUGACUGUUUGAGGUUGUGGACAGGUGUCUUUUAUACUGAUAACAAGUUCAAACAGGUGCCAUUAAUACAGGUAACGAGUGGAGGACAGAGGAGCCUCUUAAAGAAGAAGUUACAGGUCUGUGAGAGCCAGAAAUCUUGCUUGUUUGUAGGUGACCAAAUACUUAUUUUCCACCAUAAUUUGCAAAUAAAUUCAUUAAAAAUCCUACAAUGUGAUUUUCUGGAUUUUUAUUUCUCAAUUUGUCUGUCAUAGUUGACGUGUACCUAUGAUGAAAAUUACAGGCCUCUCUCAUCUUUUUAAGUGGGAGAACUUGCACAAUUGGUGGCUGACUAAAUACUUUUUUUCCCCACUGUAUGUUACAUGAGGAUAGAGUUGUAUUUCAUACAUUGUGAGUGCAGUGGUGGUAUGUUAAGACAUAAAAAACACACCCUGUAAGAGUUCCUGUUGUUCGCUACAGUUCUGAUGUAGGCGUUUCAUGUAAGUGUAUGUGAUACAUUGCACUCAUGAUAAGUUGUGAAGAAACUUUUGAAAAGCUGCAAAUAGCGGCAUAUGCCCUUUUUAUGAAUUCCCUCUGUGCGCUACACUUCUGAUGUAACGUGAUGCGCUGUUAUGUCUUGUCCCCUCAACAUGAUGCACAACGCUUUGAACGCAGAAGGCUAAACGGACAUGGAUAUUGUCUAUGUACUGUAUCUGGCAAAAGGCUUAUUAUAGGCUAUUGUUUGCCUAAAGCUAAGAAUUUGUGUGGUUUCAUGAAAUACGAAAUUGAUUAUGACCUGCUCAUCUCCUCCCGUUGACCACAUCCUCCCUCUGCAAAAGCAAUGAUGUUCCCUCUUGACUAUCGCUCCAUCUGUUGGAGGGUUAAAACACUCAACUUUCAACUUUGGCUGAAAAUUGUAAUCCAGACCUACUCUAUCAUACAGCUGUUGUAUUUGAUUCUUGUUUGUUUUGCUUUUUCAAGCGGUUUGAGAUUAUUUUUGUAAUAGAAGGGCUAUAGAAGUUUAAUAAAUAAUAAUAAGUAAUAUCAUACAUGCAUAUAAACCAACAAUAGCCAACAUUCCAGGCAAAAUUGAACAACAAGGCAACCGAACUUCCAUCAUGUUUUUAAUGAAUCUGUGGCCUAUAAUUGUCCUCAAAUCUCUCCUCUGUGAUUGGUCGAAGGGCCUGUCCGCUAACCAAUGUCUCCCGUGUGAUUGGUGCAGAGUCCAGGGAGUCCAGGGGCAGCGUGACCAGUUUGAGCAGUGACUUCUCUCUGAUCACGGAGGACGCGGGCGGAGCCUCCAGCCUCACCAAUGAGGCCGUGGACCUGUUCUCCGGCCAGUAUCUGGGAGCCUCCAGCUGGUGAGUCCUCGCCUUUUCUCUGGAAAUCAGUGUGACCCGGCCAAAGCAUUUCCUAAAAUUUUUGUAUACAUCCCUUCUGUAUCAGGGAUGUCACAUGGACGUGUAUUCCUUUAAAGGGCGACUGCAGUUCCUGAUUUGGCCUCAUUUUAGAUUGGUUCGUUAAGAAAUGCUAGCGGCCAUGACUGAAUUCAAACUUGAGUUGGUUUCAAGGUGUGGUUUGAUGUGAGGGUCUCGUGUGUGUUCGCAGGUGGGAAGAGUUAGCCAAAUUAUUUAGCCAAUUAGCUUCAGCCAGCUGGUGUGCGACCGGGGCAAAGUUGGUUUGACUUUGGAUAGCCUAUUUCCGGGGCUAGUUAGGGACCGUCAAUAAAUUAGACAAUGUAAAUUAGACACUAUUUUCAUGUUGCACACCUUUUUAGUUUUCUCAUUAAAUGCUUUCAAUAUGACAUUUCUACAAUUUAUAGUUGGUUUGAGGUUUGUAGCCAUUUACACUCAUACGCAUAUACGGGUUGAAAAUGGCAGAUAACAUACUAUACAUGACGUCAGAGCUCAGGGUGUAGUUACAAUAUGACAUAUUGUCCUGAACAGAAUGAGCCUAUGUUUGUUGUAUUGUGAUUUUUCUUUUGCUGCAUACCACGCAUCUGAAUGCACUCAUGACUCCAUUCUUUGCACACCAAAAUUACUAUCUGCUUCUCUGAAAUGCAUUGUUAAAGCCUAACACUGUACGAUCGUAUUUUAUAAUUUAGCUAGUCAUGUUGGCAAUAGAACAAGCUUUCAAAUCAUGCCCACCUGACCCAGAUUGCGAUAUAUAAUGAAAAUUUUUUGGAUUGCGUAAACAACAACAGUAGUUGUGUAAAGGCGGGGAUGCAGGGCUAUAUUCCAAGCAAAACAACUACAAGUGUGCUUGCUCUAGUUCCUUAACGGCACAGCUAGGAGAGCUCAAAAAAGCACCUUCUAGUUGAAGACUAUAAAAGUGCAUUAAAAUUGCUUAGGAACUGUGCACACUUUGGAGAGGUGUGUGGCCACUUGGAGACACCAGUGUGUCCUCUCACUCAAACCCUUGUCAUUUCUUUGUCUUAUGCACCUACCCCACAUUUCCCAAGAAUAUUCUUAUGUUACUGAAUGUAUCCAGAGUAUUUUCAGAUUUCUUUACCAACAAAUGUGGCAAAAAGUACAGUAAAUGUAAAAUGCACAUAAAAUAAACAGUGAUGUUUGGAUUCAGUCUUGUGUCAGAUGAACUGUUGUGUCCUCACCUUUGGUCUAAUCAUUUUCCCAUAAUCUCCAAACUGUUCCCUUUCAAUUGAUACCAUGGUUAUGCUUUUCAUAUUUCUUCUGGAAGAAACAUUUCAAUUUAGCCCUAUCCAUAUAGGCCAGUUCCCACAAGUGUAAGGGGUUAAGUUAUUGACAUUUGGAGCUAUUGGAAAUGUAAUAUAUUUUCCCAUGUACAUUGUAUAGUUUACCAAUGGUCUCUAACUAGCCCCAUAGGGAUAUUGAAAGUAAACCCAAAUUCACUACGGCAGCUGCACUCCGAAUUGAUGAUUACUUUUGUGCUGCCAGCUGUGGGCAUGUGGACAGGAUUGAAACAAACCCAACCUUAAUUAACGUUUCGGACGAGACUGACUUUAUGACCAAAAUUAUCCUAUUUACACUUUCUAGUCAAUUCUGACAGUAGAAUAUGUGUUUCUGACUCCUAUUGAUGCCACAGGCUGUUUUCUAAAUGAGAAGUUGGUUUUUAGGGGCAGUUGCUCUUUAACCUAAUAAAGUCCAGUAUGGUUCUAUGGAGAGUGCCUUGUCUUAGAAUGGAAUCAAACCCAUUGCCCUGGCAUUGCUAGCUCUAUGCUCUUACCAACUGAGCCACAGAGGACCAACCUGCCUUAAAAUAAGGUUUCGCUAAAGCCAAAUUUAACUCUCCUUUUUUGUGGCCCCCCCAGGAGGAAGGGACACACCUCGUCCCCCCAGACGGUGCUGUGGAACCGUCCCGACCCCCUGCCCGAGCGGCUGGCCCACCCCCUCAGCCAAGAGGCCAAGUCUUCCAGCUCAUCCUCCUCCAACCAAUCGGAGCAGGGCUUCACACGAGCCGGCAGCAGUCCUAUGUCUGUGCCCGGGAGAAGGUAAACGUCCACUUAAAAGUCAGUCGCAGAUUUUGUUUUGAAAGAUGUAUAUUCUGUAUUUUCUGUUUAUUCAGAUGGGGGAUAGUAUGAAAGUAAUGAGUGAACAGAGGAAGGGAGAGAUAGAACAGCGGUGGGGUCGGGAUUCUGUGUAUGUUUGCAGCAGGUGGCGUUAAUUGCUAGAACAACCUCAAGCACAGUCGGUCGCAGUUGAUGGGCUCCGACCACGAUGAUGAGAGGGACGCCACGUUUCUAUCUGUCCGUCUGCCCCCUCUUUCUGUCUUUGUAAAUGGAUUGACUGCAUACUGCAUCUGUCUGUUACAUGUUUGCCAUUCUGCAAUGAAAGGUGAAUAACUGCAUGUUAAAUUAAAACAUCUAACCAAGUGUAUGACUGUCUGCAGUGACACACAUACCCUUUACAGACAUACUUUAUGGUAAUUUAUUUUCAAAAGAAUAGAAUAGUAUAUUUUGAGUUUAAUUAUGUUACUGGUCCGUGCAGCUUAUAGGCUACAUGGCAGCACCAUGCAAAUUAAAUCACUAGUUCUUAGUUCAAGACUUAUACUGAACAAAAAUAUAAACGCAACAUGCAACAAUUUCAACGAUUUUACUGAUUUACAGUUCAUAUAAGGAAAUCAGUCAAUUUAAAUAAAUUAGGCCCAAAUCUAUGGAUUUCACAUGACUGGGCAGGGGCGCAGCCAUGGGUGGGCCUGGGAGGGCAUAGGCCCAUCCACUGGGGAGCCAGGCCCAGCCAAUCAGAAUGAGUUUUUCCCCACAAAACAUGGGACACUUUUUAAAUGUUGCAUUUAUAUUUUUGUUCAGUAUACAUUCCCCUGCCUUGAUCACAGUCAACCCAGUUAUAUUUUAUAGUAAGAAUUAAUAUAAUGGAAUAUAAUAGUGAUGGGGGAAAAAAAUCGAUACAGUAUCAUUUUGACAAUAUCUCAAUAUUAUUUUAGCGCUCGUUGGCUGUACCUGCACCAAAACUCCAGGAAACAAUUUGUUUUCAGCACUUUUAUUUCCAUGACUGAUCAAAACUCAUGGCUCUCUCGUCCCUCUUCAGCAGACAUAUGGUGAGCAAUAUGUUUGGAACAUCGAAUUGCAAUAAAAUCACAGUAUCGAAUCGCAAUACAUAAAGAAUCGUGAGAAUUGCAAUACAUAUCGUGUCGGCACCAUAGUAUCGUGAUAAUAUCGUGAGGUCCAUGGCAAUGUCACGGAACCGCUGUCAUAUAACAGUUGUAUUUAGAAUAUUUUUGUUGUUGUUGCAGAUUUCCUCAUUUGUUUUUUAUGUAGCUAGAAAACACUAGAUUCUGCUCUUUCUGAUCAUGUAAAGAAAUAAAAAAUCUGACCUGGAUUAACCUCAGCAGAAUUAUUUGAGAAAAUUGCCUUUAUUUGAUCCACGUUGGAUGUGAUCACACCAUCACGCGCGUGCUUUCUCUCCUUUCGAACUCCUCACCAGUUAUUUUGGCUAAAGACAGAAACUACAAAUUGCUAGUAGGCUAAGUUAGAAACCCAUAAUUUAUUAGCUAAAUAUAAGGGAAUAUAAAUAUUAACCCUUUCAACGUCAAGAAAAAAAUAUGAAAAGAUUCCCCCAAGCUACAGUACCAGUCAAAAGUUUGGAAACACCUACUCAUUCAAGGGUUUUUCUUUAUUUUUACUAUUUUCUACAUUGUAGAAUAAUAGUGAAGACAUCAAAACUAUGAAAUAACACAUGGAAUCAUGUAGUAUCCAAAAAAGUGUUAAACAAAUCAAAAUAUAUUUUCUAUUUGAGAUUCUUCAAAUAGCCACCCUUUGCCUUGAUGACAGCUUUGCACACUCUUGGCAUUCUCUCAACCAGCAUCACCUGGAAUGCUUUUCCAACAGUCUUGAAGGAGUUCCCACAUAUGCUUAGCACUUGUUGGCUGCUUUUCCUUCACUCUGCCGUCCGACUCAUCCCAAACCAUCUCAAUUGGGUUGAGGUCGGGGGGUUGUGGAGGCCAGGUCAUCUGAUGCAGCACUCCAUCACUCUCCUUCUUGGUAAAAUAGCCCUUACACAGCCUGGAGGUGUGUUGGGUCAUUGUCCUGUUGAAAAACAAAUGAUAGUCCCACUAAGCCCAAACCAGAUGGGAUGGCGUGUCGCUGCAGAAUGCUGUGGUAGCCAUGCUGGUUAAGUGUGCCUUGAAUUCUAAAUAAAUCACAGACAGUGUCACCAGCAAAGCACCCCCACACCAUAACACCACCUUCUCCAUGCUUUACGGUGGGAACUACAUAUGUGGAGAUAAUCUGUUCACCCACACGGCGUCUCACAAAGACACGGCGGUUGGAACCAAAAAUCUCCAAUUUGGACUCCAGACCAAAGGACACAUUUCCACCUGUCUAAUGUCCAUUGGUAGUGUUUCUUGGCCCAACCAGGUCUCUUCUUCUUAUUGCUGUCCUUUAGUAGUGGUUUCUUUGCAGAAAUUCGACCAUGAAGGCCUGAUUCAAACAGUCCCCUCUGAACAGUUGAUGUUGAGAUGUGUCUGUGACUUGAACUCUGUGAAGCAUUUAUUUGGGCUGUAAUUUCUGAGGCUGGUAACUCUCUAAUGAACUUAUCCUCUGCAGCAGAGGUAACUCUGGGUCUUCCAUUCCUGUGGUGGUCCUCAUGAGAGCCAGUUUCAUCAUAGCGCUUGAUGGUUUUUGUGACUGCACUUUCAAAGUCUUGAAAUGUUCUGUAUUGACUGACCUUCAUGUCUUAAAGUAAUGAUGGACUGUCGUUUCUCUUUACUUAUUUGAGCUGUUCUUGCCAUAAUAUGGACUUAGUCAUUUACCAAAUAGGGCUUAAUUCUGUAUACCCCCUCUACCUUAUCACAACACAACUGAUUGUCUCAAACGCAUUAAGAAGGAAAGAAAUUCCACAAAUUAACUUUUAAGAAGGCACACCUGUUAAUUGAAAUGCAUUCCAGGUGACCUCCUCGUGAAGCUGGUUGAGAGAAUGCCAAUAGUGUGCAAUGCUGUCAUCAAGGCAAAGGGUGGCUAUUUGAAGAAUCUCAAAUAGAAAAUACAUUUUGAUUUGUUUAACACUUUUUUUUGGUUACUACAUGAUUCCAUACGUGUUAUUUCAUAGUUUUGAUGUCUUCACUAUUAUUCUACAAUGUAAAAAAUAAAAAAGAAAGAAAGAAAAACCCUUGAAUGAGUAGGUGUGUCCAAACUAUUGACUGGUAGUGUAAAUGCCAAAGCAUUUCUGUGACAAUAGACAAUAACUGCUCAAGGACCGAUCUACACACAUUUAAAUGGAGAGAAUAAAUCCAUUAAAAGCAUUUCUGUGAAGCUUUGUGAUUGACAAGGACAAGAUUGAUGUCGGACAACAGUAGAAUGUUAAUGAUUUAAUGCGUGCCAAUGCCACCUCAGUAUUACGGCUACAAGCCCUAGGCAGAACUUUCCAGCAUGAACAUGACUAGGUCAGUUGAAGGAAAUAAAUGUUUAGUCUUUGAUACUGGCAACACCUUUAAAAAAAAAUAAAAAAUGCAGAAGUUGACAGGUUUUCGUCUUGUUUUGUAAGGGAUAACACACUCGAGCACAAACACGCAUCCCCUGCUGAGACAUUGUGCUGAGGCUGUGUUUUCUAAUGGUGUGACAGAGCAGACCUGCAUUCUAGCUCUUCAGUAGUGUGUGUGUGUGUGUGUGUGUGUGACGGUUGGUCUCACAGAACUGCUUGAUAACACCCUUCUCUGUAAAGAGGAGUUCUGGAUACUUACGGUUGUGUGUCUCUGUGUGUGUGUGUGUGUGUGUGUGUGACUAGGGCUGUGGCGGUCAUUAUAUUUUGUCAGCCGUUGAUUGAAAUAACUGCCGGUCUCGCUGUAAUUGACCGUUAAUUUGCAUUAACACGUUUCGCAUCUCCUGGCUUCCACGCAUAGCCUACAAGCCACUGAUGCUGACCUUUGGAACAUCUACAUUUAAAAAAGUCUAAUAAAUCCAUGUAAUAUAGCCUACACUGUCACAAUAAAUCCAUUAUUUAUUUUAGACUGUUCUAAACAAACAUGAUAUGAAGAAAAUGUAGUCUUUCAGAAGAACAGAAUAGCAUAAUGCGUUGUCCGUAUGUUAGGUCCUGAUCUGGCUAUGCCAAAUGGCUGUGGGCUACGCUAGUUAAUUUAGCAGACAAGAUUUACUUAGAAUUCCGUGGCAUUAUUUUUUUAGAAUUUUAUAGUAUGAAGAAUACAAUUAAACAUAGCUUAAUAAAAUAGAAAGUAUAUUUUCUCAAUACGAUUUCAAUUGAAGUGCGCACAUGCUGCUAUUCUGUGUGGAGCAGUUAACAAAGAAACCGGUCCUCCUAUAUGCUUAAUUUAGAGUUAUUUAUGCAACUUUAGUUGUGAUACAAACGUUGGGCUAUAUGUUUUGAUGUUUAAUACAUUCUAAGGCUGCAUGAUUGGACUCUAAUGAGGAUUUGAAAAAAGUCGCAAGCUGCACAUAAUAUUCUCACCAGGUCUCGAAUUUCCCGGCGGCAUGCCCCUUGUGUGGCCGUAAUGCCCCCUAUUAUAAAGGUGCAUUUUUAUGGUGAAAAUUAUCUGCCCCAAACUUGAAACUCACACGCAGCCUAUGUAUGCCAGUUAGGCUCUACACCGGUUAUAAAGCGGAUUAAUGUACUUAAUUUUAAGACGUUAUUUGGCCACUUUAGUUGUGAUACAAACCUUAUUAGAGUGACAAUAGAGUGCUGAGUACCAGGCAGUUAGCACGUUUGGUAGGAUACUAAUGACCAUCAGCAGCAUCAGAGCUUGGAGAAGCCUAAUUACCCUGACUAAACGGUCACAUGGAAUUUGACUGCCGUCAUGACGCGUGACUGCCGGUGUGGCGGUAAUACGGUCACCGUAACAGCCCUGUGUGUGUGUGUGUGUGUGUGUGUGUGUGUGUGUGUGUGUGUGUGUGUGUGUGUCUCUGUGUGUGUGUGUGUGUGUGUGUGUGUGUGUGUGUCUCACCGGUCUAUUAGUACAGCUUCUCUUACUCCAGAGCUCCUUGUUCGUUUUCAAUUUGCAUGAAAAUGGAAGGUGCGUGUGUGUGUUUUGGUAUUUGGUUCAAACUCCAUUCAUUGUCAUUCCACUAACAUUGGGGUAUGCGUUAUGUGUAAUGUCCAUGUGACGUUUUUAUGCAUGUUGACUUGCCUUGUUAAUUCCCCCUGAGGGGAUUAAUACAGUCGUAUUGGAUUGACGUGAGUGUUGUCCAUUGACCGUUGCAUUUGACUUUUGCCACUGAGGUCCCGACCCCGAGCCGUGAAGCCCCCCCACUGACCUCACAGCUCACUGCUGGACUCUCUCUCACUCUUCUCCUCUCUCCCAAUUUAAUUUCCUUAUUUUUCCCUCUCUCUCUUUUCCCCUCUCUCCUUUGGCUCGUUCACUUUCCCCUCUCCUUCUCUCUCUAUUCGCUGUAUUCCCCGCUCUCUCCAUCUUUCCCUCUUUCUCUCUCUGCACAUCCCGUCUCCUGUCUCCCACUCUCUCCCCCUAUCAUUCCACCUCCCCCCUCCACCCCCCCCACCUUCUCUCUCCACCUCCUCUCUCUACUCUGGCCAGGCUGGCGGCAGAGUACGCCCGCUCCGGCUCCUCCCUCUCCACGGACUACGGCAGCUGGCAGAUCGUGUCGGGGUGCGGCUCCAUCCACGACCACGGACAGGUCGCCGCCGCCAUGGCCGCCGCCGCCAACGACUCGCCGCUCCCCUUUAGCUUCCAGGACGAGGGGCCCAGCGGACGCAUGUGAGUCUACGGGCUGUGUCACAAAAUGGCACCCGAUUCCCCUAUGUUGUGCACUACUUUUGACCAGUGUUAGGUGGGCUAUAUAGGGAAUUAGGGUGCCAUUUGGGACUCACACACAGAUCGCAUUCCGAUUCUCGACCUUUCCCCGGAAGUGUGCAAUCGUUCACCCACCCUCGUGCAUUGGAUUGGUGCAAGCAUGGCUGGAGGGAGUUAUCACCAUAUUCCUCACACCAGUAUAUUCCUUUUAAAUCCACGAGGGGGAAUGUACGAGUGUACCCUUCGGCAUAGUGGGAGAGAAUCGGAACACAGCCACGCACAUCUCUAACCCUCCGGAAUAUCUUUCUCCCUAUUCACCUCCUUUCUCUCCCCCAUUCCUUUCCUUUGUGAGAGAGGAGGAAGUGGCAGGGCUCAGUGGACGGGGGCUGGGCCUCCUGUUGGGCGGGUGUCACACACCUACAGGGUUGGAUAGAGUUGGUGUGUGUUUGAGUGACAAAGCGGAGAAAGCGUCUGUUGGGGAGGAUGUGUGCGUGGGUACCUGGUGUGUCUGUGUGUGUCUACACUUGCACAACAGUGUUCAGCAGACUGUUUAGGAAGACUUCAUAUACACACUGAUGGCCUGAGCUCUCGCUCUCUGUGUGUGCGCGUGCUGUGUCUGCCCUGCAGUACCUAGUGGGUGGGGUUGCGUCAGACUAGGGUAUGGAACAUUUGCUUCAUCAUUCUCUGUCCCCUGCGAACCGGAGGUAUAAGUAGAACUGAAAGAGUGGAAGGAGUUUCUUUAUCAUUCAUCUCUUUUUGUUCUCCAGACUCCCUCUCUUCGCAGUGGGGGACACAUUUCCAUUUCGGCUUGAUCUGGCUGCCAAAUUGAGUGUGUCCCGAGAACAAGGCGGCAUGGGCAAAUUACAUCUAUCUUUCUUGAUUUGAAGGGAGGGAGAGGGGGAAGAGAGAAGGAGGAAUAGAGGAGGAAGCAUGCAGUCUGCGAUUGUUAAGACUAGAAGUACACUGUGUCCCUCUUUCAUAACUAAAAGAUGGAGCGCCUCUUCUCUCGCCCAUACCCUGACCUUUUCUUUAUUUUCAUCUUGUCUUCCCUCUUCCCUGACUUCACUCUCCCCUCCUCUCUAACUUGUUUACUCUCUUUCCCCAUCUCUUUCUUUCCUUCCCCCUCCCUCUCUCUCCCAGGUGCCCGUCCCCCUCGGAGCGUCAGGCUCGUCUGGAGGCGGUGAGGGAGGUGUUCCUGGCAGCCUACAGCUCCACCGUGGGCCUGAAGUCCAGCGCGCCCAGCCCCUCCGGCGCCAUCACAGGCCUUCUGGAGCAGUUUGCCCGCGGCGUUGGCCUCCGGGGCACCAACAGCAUCAUC